UCCCCGUGUAUAUGGUAGCAAAGUGCUGCUGACUGUGUUGCACAGUCGCAGGCAGAGGCUGGGGCUCUCCACCCCGUUGCCUAAGACCGACCAUACGUGGCUCCAGUGCCACACCCUGCCCGAGGUGCUACUGCUUUCGACUAAAUAUGGCGGAUCUAGAGAGGACAACUCGAUAAAACCCGCAAGCCCUGGUGUUAGUCGCAACCGUGCCAAUGGGCUGAAUGGCAGCUGCGUGAAUGCUGUCUUCGAACGGUGACCUCCGGAUAUCUGGCGACCUCCGGUUGUAAUUAAAUGCCUUGUCGUGAUACUGGGGGCUAUGUCACGGUCGACUUGCCCCACCCCCACACUCGUGGGAAUCAAAAUGAACUCAAGAAAUCAACAACAAAUCAACCAACCAACAUACAAUCGAACAAACCAAAUCAACAACACGCACGGAAUUCGCUUAAGCGGCGCAGCCCGCAAGCGAUUCUUAUAUCUGGUCAAGAAGGGCAUGGACCCGGAGGAGGCCAAGGAGCGGGCGAUGCAGCCAAUAAGCCAGGCACAUGCCACAUGGCAGACCCAGCAAACCAGAGCACAAAGGCACACCUUCAAAGGAAUUAAUCCACCGCAUGAAAUGUUAGCCAUGGAACCUGUUCAAUUCGACAACAGCUUCUCAGGCUACAGGCAAUGUGGAGCUGACUGGACAGAACCUGCACAUAAUUAUCAGUCGGCGGUCCAAGCCGAACAGUUCAGCGGAACAAAUCCGCCGCCUGGCUACCAUCAUGCUGACCAUAGCUUCGCAGACUACGAUCAAUGUGGCAGUGGCUGGGCUGAACCAUCACGAAGUCAUGUUGAUCAACUAACUGUGCCAUUUGGAAACCAAUCCCGUCGAGCAUCUGUGAGAGCUAGACUCGGUGCACCUGUAAAUCGCGUACGACGCGACAUGCCAUCUGCCUAUGGCAGUAGCGGACAAACGGAGAAUGGGGAAGACGUCGAUAUACCAAAUCUUAAGGUGGCCAUACUACCCGGUGACUAUCCCAGCGAAUUGUGGACAACUCAACAGCUGGAAGCCGUAAAGAAAAGUAUUAGUGAUCUCGUGCAACGCCAGGGCGAGGGCUGCAUAAAGCCCAGUUUUGCGGGUUGCAUUUUCCGGAACGGCUGGCUCUCUGUGAAAGGCAACGAUGCGGCCAGUGUGAACUGGCUGAUGGCCAUGGACACCAGGCUACGACCCUGGGCGGGCGCAUCCUUGAAAGUGCUGCCGGAAUCUGAGGUGCCAUGCAAUCGAGUAUUCGUUGGCCUCUUUCCGGCCUUGUAUAGCACGCCAGUCAAGUACACGUUGCGCCUAAUCGAUGCCCAUAACGAGGGUCUGGCCGUGCACGAGUGGCGCGUGCUGAAUCGUGUACAAAGCGGGCCCACCAUGAAACUGGCCGUGUCCAUCGAUGCCCACUCAGCCGAGGUGCUGAAACAAAUGCACUAUCAAUUGAACUAUGGCUUCAGUCGGGUCCACUUUCGGCCAAGAAAAAAGGCGCCCAAAUAAACUCUUCACAAUAUCUAACACACUUAA